AUGUCUCCCGCGGCAGCACGGAGUCUUCUCGCGGUCUACAUCGUACUUACUGCCUUAUGCCCGAUAUUCUCAGCCAGCAAGCCCCUGCAGCCCCAAAAUGUGAAGCUGACGAAGGUUGACAAGGGCCUGCAGGUCACAUGGGACCCCCCUAACCAGUUAGAUGGCCGGCCUGUGGAACGCUACAACAUCGGCUAUGGCAAGUCCAUGAGGGCACUGCGCUUCAUCACCGUAGGCAAGGACCAGCGCUCCGAGAUCCUGGAGGACGUGGAGCCUGGAGUUCUGCACUUUCUCAAGAUGAGUGCAGAGAACGAGGAUGGGCUCAGCAAGCCAGUCUACAGGGCAGAGGUUCCAGGAGGCCCUGAGUUCGUCAAACUGGACGGGUUUGCCGUAGAGAGCAGCAGUCCCAGAAACUCAUCCACUGGGAGGUUUGUGGACCCCCGCACGUCGCAGCAGAGGUCCCAGAAACCCAUGCGGGCCCCCCAGUCGUCGUCAGGGCCCCGACCGCCGGUCAGAGCUCAGGAGCAGCCGGCGGUCCAGAGGAUGACCAGCCGCAGGGUGGACAUCUCACAGCCACAGGCGGACCAGCGCAACAAGCCCAAACUCGCGUCUGAGUCCGUCUAUGUGGUAUCACUGCAGGCCCAGAGAGCUGUAGGCAGAAGUUCACCCAUCAAUAAGGCCCUUGUGAACAGAAAACACACACCAGAGCCAGCAGAGGUGGACGAGGCGGAGGACAUCACGGUCAGAGUCAUGUCCCCGCAGUCUGUUCUCAUCACCUGGAUAGACCCGCUCAUCGAGAAAAAGAAGAAAACAGUCCCAGAGGGAUCCAGACAGUAUACAGUGAGGUACAGAGAGAAAGGCGAGUCUGCGCGUUGGGAGUACAAGGACACAGUUCAGAGGCGUCUGAUGGUGGAGACCCUGUCUGCAGACAGCAUGUACGAGUUCUCUGUGCGCAUCACUGACCGCAACACAGAGGGCAAGUGGAGCACCUCAGUUUUUCAGAGGACACCUGAGUCAGCUCCGUCGGGACCCCCAGAGAACUUCCAGGUGAAGCCGCUGAGGGGGAAGGGCACUGCCGUCACGGCAACCUGGGACCCCCCAGAGGAGCCCAAUGGAAGGCUACGAGCUAAUGGUGCACUUAGGGGCCAGGGCCCACAGACCAAAGCCUUCAGCGUGGCCAUGCCAGCCAGCACUUCUGCCACCUCAUCCAGUCAUCACUCGAGGACUCCCGACAGACACAAGCCCAGGGCAGGUGCAUCGCAGACGGAAGAGGACGACUACGACGAGACUGACCUGCAGGAGACGACGGCGACGGUGACGGACGAGCCUCGGAGACAGUCCACGCCCGCCUCUCCGGCCGGCCGACGCACGCGUCCCCUCACUCAGACGCGAUCGUACCACAGCAUCUUCUCCUCCGUCCGGGGCUCUUCCUCGCGCUCGUCGGGGGGGAGUCGCUCCAGAGGCCGGGAGAGCGAGAAGGCGAGGGAGGAGGACGAGGAGAAGCCCAUCGAGGCUCCGAAGGAGGAAGAGGAGGCGACAGUGAACGAGGCCACUGAGGAGGAGGAGGAGGAGAGGAAGUACACAGACUCUGACGCACACGGACACAAAGCGCCCUCUAAAACAGACGGGCACGAGGACCCUGAUGCACAUGGACACAAAACGCCCUCUAGAACAGGCGGGCACACAGACGCUGGCACACACAGACACAAAACGCCCUCUAGAACAGGCGGGCACACAGACGCUGGCACACACAGACUCAAAACACCCUCUAAACCGGGCGGGCACACAGACGCUGGCACACACAGACUCAAAACACCCUCUAAACCGGGCGGGCACACAGACGCUGGCACACACAGACUCAAAACACCCUCUAAACCGGGCGGGCACACAGACGCUGGCACACACAGACUCAAAACACCCUCUAGAACGGGCGAGCACCAGGACUACAGCAAGCCAUCGGUAGACAGGCCCACGCCUGCCUCAGAGACGCCCACUAAAGAGCCAGAGAGUGACCGCCCCGUCCACGGCUCCUCCUCCCAUUCUCACACCUCCGCAGACCCUGCGUCUGGCCAGCCCAGAAGGCCAAUCACACGCAACCCUGUCAUCAGGUCCCGGGUCCGCAACGGGGGUUCUUCCUCAUCCUCAUCUUCGUCGCGGUCAUCUCCAUCUGUCCCUAUGUCUGGAGACAGCAGGAGGGACGGCAGCAGGAGUGGAUAUCCAGACGCUCACAAGAAGGACGCUCACACCAGAGACAGCUCCACACCCAAAGAAACCACACCAGAGGUGGACACAUCAUCGUCAUCAUCAUCGUCAUCGUCGUCGUCGUCAUCAUCAUCAUCAUCUCCCUCACCCCCCUCUACCUCUGCCCCCUCUUCUCCUGAUUCUUCUUCUGGUUCUUCGUCCUCUUCCUCCUCCUCAUCCUCCUCCGGGUCGGUUCAGUCGGGUAGCGGUAGGACGCCGUCCACAGGCCGUUUCACCGGUUCUGGUUCUGUGAUGAUCAACGGCAGAAAGGUCACCCUCCCUUCCAGAUGGAGUCGGCUAAUGACCGGCCAGCGCACACCGGGCUCAGGCUCCUCGUCCACGUCCACAUCCACGUCCACUGGGUCUCAGUCUGGAUCGCAGACCCAGAACCAGGCACAGAACCAAAACCAGGACCGGAACCCGAGUGCUGACAAAGUGAGCUCCCCCUCUACCAGCAUCCAAGACACCAUAAAUCCGCAGGAUAGCAACCCGAGUACACACAGGCAGACGACCAAAGACGAGAAGCCAACAUCCAGUUAUGAAACCAGCCGCUUGCAUUCCUCUGCAGUGAAGAAAGACAACACUGACAGCCUGAGAGGGAGAUCUGAGGAGGAGGAGGAGGAGGAGGAAGAGGAGGAAAAUGAGCAGGGGAGCAAUCCGCACUCCUCCACGCGCCAGGCUUCGUCGCUUAACCCUUCUCUCUCCGGGCGGACCGAGGCCUCGGCGGUCCCGAGUCGGAAUGCCAGACCGGGAGUCGUGAACCGCUUCCCACCCAGGCAGGAUGGCAGGAUUCCGUGGAGCAGAACGAGCUCCUCGUCCGUCGGGAACAGGAGGCCGGUGGUGCGAGCAAAUCCCCCUCGAUCAGGUGUUCCCGAGACUCUGGAGAGGGGUGAUAAAACUAGAACAGCCUCUUCGUCGUUCCCCUCAAAGCACAAAGUGGACGAUAUCUCCCCUAAGCCUUCAGUGCUGGACAGGGACAGAGUUUCCUCAGGGUCUCGUCUGCCGUCCAGCACAAGGACAGACUCGCACUCUCCCAGACAGAGCUCACAGAUCGAUAAUGACCAUGACGAUGACUAUGAUUACGAGGACUAUGAUAAGAAUGACAGGGUGGCGGAGACGACACUUAAAACAACUACCUCAACUACAACCACAACGACUACUACUACAACUACAACUACUGCUCCUACCACUACUACGACUACUACUGCAAGCACCACCACUAGUCCUGCACAGAACUCUGGGGACUACAGCGAGCGGAGAGAACAGUCUCCUGGAAGAACCGGUUCUCAGUCGGUUCCCUCGUAUGCCCGCCGUCCCUUUCAGGGUUCUGGUGGGAGAGCACGUUCCCCUGUCGUAGCGACGAACCGGCAAAUCGGCUCUCGGUUCCUCGGCAGGCUGUCGCCAGUGCAGCACACAAAGUUGGGAUCUAAGCCGGACUCUUCGUCACCACACUUCUCCUCUUCCUCCUCUUCCCCCUCACAGUCUUCCGAUGACGUUCCUAAGCCGUCGCUGAAUUCAAAGCAUGACGAGUCUAACAGCAGAAUCGCCUCACGUUCCUCCGCGAGCCGGCCCGCCGCUGGGGAGAACUCUCCCGGCACCUCCUCCGGUUCCCAGUCCUCUUCCCCUGCGGUGCGCAGUGCCGUGGUUGGUUCUAGACUAAGGAACCCGAGCCGGUUUGACAGCAUCCUCAGAGGAAAGACUCCAGUCAAUGGCUUCAAGCCCAGUUAUGGACAAGCCGGGAAAAAUGGACGACCGAAUCUAACAACGUCUAAUGGGAAAGUCCCCUCCCCCGCCUCAGAGAGCAAGGAAAAGGGACGCAAGUACAUCUCUGGACCCGAUGGAACUAAAUGGGUUGUUGACUUGGACCAGGGUGUCUUGAUGAAUCAAGAGGGUAAGGUGCUACAGGACUCCCAUGGUCAACCUCACAGAGUAGUGCUUGGGGAGGACGGACGCACAGUGUUUGAUCUGCAGGGCACCCCUCUGGUGAACCAGGAUGGCAUGGCGCUGUUUGGGAGCGGGAGGGACUCUCGGCCGGUGGUCAACCCCAAGGAGAAGAUGCUCACGGUGGGAGGAAAGCCCAUUGUGGGACUGGAUAGGCCACGAGCCAGGACCACCACGACCACCACAACUACCACCACCACCACCAGACCCACUACAACCACCACCACACCAGAACCAACCACCGUCUCCACAACGGCAGAGAUGACAACAGAGGAGUCAUCAACAGAGCUCAACCCCACCUGUCCACCCGGAACUUUCUUUGCCAUGGAUGAAGAUGGGCAGCCCAUGCUAAAUGACUAUGGAGUACUGGACUGCUACCCUGAAGAUGAGUUUGUGAUGGAGUCCACUUCCAUAGCCACCACCAUGACGCUCCCGGCCACCACCACCACCACCCGUCCAAGCCCAUCUCCAGACACACGCCCACACAACUCUGGCCCCUCCUCCGAAUUUGACGUGGCUGGCAAGAAACGGUUCACAGCACCAUAUGUGAACUAUAUCCAAAAGGACCCCGGGGCCCCCUGCUCGCUGACGGAAGCCCUUGAGUACCUGCAGGUGGACAUUCUGGAGAGCCUCAUGAAGAAGGACAGUCCAGCCGGCCUCCACAACCUGCCCCCCAAGAACAAGCCUCACAACUUCACCGUGGUCGCCAUGGAAGGCUGUCACUCAUUCGUCAUCCUCGACUGGGACCGCCCCCUCCCGGACGACUCUGUUUCAGGCUACUUGGUCCACAGCGCGUCUUACGAUGACGUCCUGAACAACAGGUGGUCAACCAGCUCCUCCUCAGGCACACACCUGCCUGUGGAAAACCUCAAGCCGAACUCCAGGUACUACUUUAAGAUCCAGGCCAAGAAUGUGUUUGGACUGGGUCCAGUCAGUGACACCCUGGUGUAUGUGACGGAGUCAGAUGAUCCACUGCUUAUUGAGAGACCCCCAGGUGGUGAGCCGAUCUGGAUCCCUUAUAAGUUCCGCUACAACCCUGCUCACAGCUCCUGCAAAGGAAGUCAGUUUGUGAAGCGCACCUGGUACAAGAAGUUUGUGGGCGUAGUCUUAUGCAACUCGCUGCGCUACAAAAUCUUUAUGGCAGAUGGACUCAAAGACACGUUCUACAGUGUGGCAGACUCCUUUGGCUACGGCGAGGACCACUGCCAGUUUGUGGAUUCCUACCUGGAUGGCAGGACAGGUCCCCACAGCCUGUCUAUGUACCUGCCUCCAGCACAAGGUUACUUCCGCUCGUACAGACAGGAGCCGGUGAACUUUGGCCGCAUCGGCAGGAAUACGGCUCACGGCUUUGUGGGCUGGUACGAGUGUGGCGUCCCCAUCCCGGGCAAGUGGUAACAGAGGGGUCAUCGCGGGGUCGUAGCCUCUGGCAACCACCCUCUGCAUUGCUUGUCUGGAACCCAUACAGAGACACAUGAACUCUUGCACACCAUGGCAACCGUAAACAAACAUAUUACUGCUUGUGAGAGAGAGAAUAUAAUACGUUAAAGCAACUUUAAUAUUUCUGCGUACCCUGUAUCAUGCACUUGAGUUAAGCAAUCUGUAUAUGAGGAAGUGAGAAGCAUGCUACUCAGCCUGUUACUGUGGCCUUUGGAAGGCCAGGGACACAUGAGAGAGAAUGGGCAGGUAUUCACAAUGCCAAACGAUGGGAUAAUUUAUAUGACAAAAACACAACACUUUCAUUCAAACUGAAGGUAAGUUCAAAGCACAAGCAACGCCUCUGACAAAUGGAAGUCUUGCUACAAACCAAAGGUUAAACCACAACGAAAAAAAGAAUAAAUUUGAUAUUUUUCUGUUUGGAUUGUUGAACAGUAGAAUGGUGUAUUUUAUUUGAUUUUGUUGUUUUGUUUUGUUUUGUUUUGUUUGGGAUUUUUUAUCAGAUGUUUUUGCUAACUUGCCAUUUUAUUAUAUUCUUUGAUAUUUGUAUCUGUGUAUUUCAAUGAAAGUUGAUGUGGAAGUAUUGCCCAUUUGCGGGCUAAAGGUAAAUAACCCUAAUUGGUGCUCAGGAACGGUUCUGACUGAAUAAAGGUGCUAAAACCUGA